AUGCACACAAAGACCUACAAAGAAUUUGGCGGUCGCUCUCGAGAACGUGUUGUCAAUUCCUGUCCCUUGAUUGAUGACCGUUCCAAUUCUGCGUCACCUACGCGACGGCAGCCUCAUCCAGCUGGCAUGCAAGCUCUUGGAGGAUUUUUUGGUCAACCACUUGGGAAUGAAGACCGUGUCUUGGAGUGGCCGCCACCAGAACCGAGGCCUUUCUUUAUACGACCAAUGAUUACAACCUUCGCAAUGUUGGGGCCCCGUCCGUUCCCACCACACAACCCAAACGUCUGGUUUUUUGGGCCUACAGCAAACGUCCAACAGCUUGUGUUUGACGAUGAACCGGACAUCAUCGAGGAUGGGAACCCUCCGGAAUUACUUCAUGCCCAGAGCUCUGGUCUCCAUCGAACCUCCUCUCAACUUUCUUCUUCAUCGGGUGACGAAGGAAGUAGUGAGGACGACUCUCCCCGUGGUUCACUAGUUAUUCAUAAUGUGGAUAACAGCAUGUUCCUAGAUGUGCCCGCUUCGCAGACAGAGACGGGUGAAGGUCCACCAACGAUACAACAAACAAGAAGACCCCCUCAGCGCACUGCUGUACAGGAAGAAGGCUAUACAAUCGAAACGCCUGGCAUCUCAACAGUACCCUCGUCCGAAAAUCUCCAUGACGCGAUACAGGUGCAGCAGAGGAUAAUCGAGCCACCUCCACGUCAGAUCGUCUUUAUCGUAAUGGACACCAACGGGGCAGGCGCCGAUCUCGACGAUUCAUUUCCUUUCAUGUUAAAUGAUAUUCAGUGGGCCAUGCAGCAAAUGGUCAGUGAACUGAGCAGCGAGUCGAUAGAUGGCUGA